GCUGCCGGAGGAAUACAUCGCCCAGGCGACCCCGCGCCGCCACUCCGCGCACGCGCCGCCGCGGGCUGGGCUGUUGCUCCCUGACGGGCGGCUGCGGCGGGUCCUGGCCAUGGAGUCCUACGACGUGAUAGCGAACCAGCCCGUCGUGAUAGACAAUGGCUCGGGUGUGAUCAAAGCAGGCUUUGCAGGUGAUCAAAUACCGAAAUACUGCUUUCCGAACUAUGUGGGCAGACCAAAGCACGUUCGUGUUAUGGCUGGUGCAUUAGAAGGGGACAUUUUCAUUGGUCCAAAGGCAGAGGAGCACAGAGGUCUCCUCUCUAUCCGAUACCCGAUGGAGCACGGCAUAGUAAAGGACUGGAAUGACAUGGAGCGCAUUUGGCAGUAUGUGUAUUCGAAAGACCAGCUUCAGACAUUCUCAGAGGAGCAUCCUGUGCUGCUGACAGAAGCACCCCUAAACCCGCGCAAGAACAGAGAGCGUGCUGCUGAGGUGUUCUUUGAGACCUUCAAUGUGCCAGCACUAUUCAUCUCCAUGCAAGCUGUGCUUAGCCUCUACGCGACUGGGAGGACCACAGGAGUGGUGCUGGACUCCGGGGAUGGUGUUACCCAUGCGGUGCCCAUCUAUGAAGGCUUUGCCAUGCCUCACUCCAUCAUGCGGAUUGACAUCGCUGGCCGCGAUGUCUCACGCUUCCUGCGUCUCUAUCUCCGGAAGGAAGGCUAUGACUUCCACACAACCUCUGAGUUUGAGAUUGUCAAGACCAUCAAGGAGCGUGCCUGCUACCUGUCAAUAAACCCCCAGAAAGAUGACACCCUGGAGACCGAGAAGGCUCAGUACUACCUGCCAGAUGGAAGCACUAUUGAGAUUGGCCCUGCCCGUUUUCGAGCCCCUGAGCUCCUGUUCCAUCCAGAUCUCAUAGGGGAGGAAUGUGAAGGACUCCACGAGGUGCUCGUUUUUGCCAUUCAGAAAUCAGACAUGGACCUGAGGCGAACGCUGUUCUCCAACAUCGUGCUGUCUGGAGGCUCCACACUUUUCAAAGGCUUUGGCGACAGGCUGUUGAGCGAAGUGAAGAAACUGGCACCGAAGGACGUCAAAAUAAGGAUAUCGGCUCCUCAGGAGAGAUUGUAUUCCACGUGGAUUGGUGGCUCCAUCCUCGCCUCCCUGGACACCUUUAAGAAAAUGUGGGUUUCGAAAAAGGAAUACGAAGAAGAUGGAGCUCGUGCCAUCCAACGAAAAAGCUUCUAGCCCUGGGACCCGUCCUCAGUCUCCUCCGAAGACUCACUUCAGUUCUAAACUCGCUUUUCUGAGUCCGAGUGUCUGAGAGCUGCCUGUGUGUGUGUGUGUGCGCCAGCAUGCCCUGAUGUCACUGAGCAAAGACGACAGCAGCAGGAGGGCUGUACUACUACUACUAACUUCUUAUUUUUUUAUUUUAUUUCUGUUGGGUUUUUUUUCUAAAUGGAAAGGAGAAAAUACCAAUCAUGAAUUUCUCCAGAAUGCCCCAUUCCUUUUUCAUUUCAGUCCCUUAAUUUCUGCAUCGCAAUCACAUUUGUCACUGUAAAACAAAGAAGCAAGCAAAAACAAAGGGAAGAGCUUAUACAAACUGCCUAGCAAGCCAGAAGGGAGCCAACCACUGCAGACUGCGCACACAGGCGUCAGCCAGCCCAACUGCAAUGCCUGGAUUGUCUGGAAACACGUAGCUGAUGCCCCAUCUCUACUUUCUUCUUCAUCAGUGUCUUCACCAUCAGUAGGUUUUUGAAGUUGUUUUUAAUAUAUUUUUUAUUAAGAGAAACACGUUCUCAACAGUUCAGCCCAUUUUCCCCAACCGGUUUUGGUGUGUGAGUGCGUGUAUGCGUGUGUGACUUCUUAGCCUGGCGCGUGGGUCUGCACCGCAGCUGGAGAAGUUGGUGAUAGGACUUAGUUUGUAUUGCAUGGAGUAGAACAAAGCAAACCUAAUCAGCUAUCAUUGUACUAGACGGUUAUUCUCUUGUACCUUGUUUUAAAUACCUUUUUUCCUUUGGAAGCAAGUGCCCCAGAAUGGGGGUGAAGGCACUUGUGUGUUCCCCCUCAACCUGCCAAGAUUUACAGUGCUGAGCUCUCAUGUUCUUUCUCUGUAAGAGUCCAGGCUGUUUUCCCUCCUUCCUGCCAUGUCAGGGCCAAGGGAGCAUGUAUUUGCAGCCAGGCAUAACUCGUGUACUUUAUCCAUUCUGGGGCAAAAUAAUAAUUGGGAAGGUGCAUUGUAAUGUAAGAAUUGUUUUAUUUAUUGAAAUGUCUGAGGAUAUCUCAAAUACUGACCACAGCACCUGGGAAUUAUGCUUUGGGUCUUCUUUGAACCCCUGUUACCCAGCUGUCCACUGCUCGAUGUUAACACUGUUUACAGCGCACAUGCUUAGCGGAAUAGCCAGCCAGCCCCGCAACACCUCCCAGCGACCGCUCUGCCACGAGUCUCGCUGUUCUCUAUGAAUGCACUAAAUGAGAGGACAAUAAACUGUACCAGGACGUUGGUGUGAACAGCAGGUCUGUGAGCGGGAAGCUGCUGCGCUGGCUCUGCUCUGCUGCACUGCUGAUGCCUUUCUGCUCACCUGGUGGCUGCUUUGCUUCUAUGGCUCUUGCCACGCUGGGUGGGCCUGCCGACCCGCUUGCACUGGGGCACGCCACUGCCUCCCCUGAUGGUUUUGUGGUUUCUUACGCAUUAUUUGGUGCUCUUUAUUAUGUUUUUUUUCCUUCCGUUGUCCGUUUUCUGCAGCACUUGGCAGCAGUGGUGGAGCUGGCGUUGCUCACGUGGCAGUUCCUCCCCGUGCCCCUCCUUUCUGUUCAUUGCCACACAGCACCAUGGGGUCACGCUCAAGCGCAGAGGUGGGGUAGGAGCUGGGGGGCUGCAGCAGCCCCGCUGCCACCCUGCAUCAGAGGUAUGGCAAAAGCUGGUGUUUCGCCCAGCCGAGAUGAAGGCGAGCAGCAGCGCGCAGCGUGCUGUGCCUGUGGGAACCACAUUCUUGGGGCUCUCUGCUGGGCCUGGAGAGGCUUUAGGUAGGCAGGUGUGGUCUGUUCCCUGCUUGUUCACCUACCCCCAUCAGAGCAAAGGGUGUUUUUUAAGCAAGAAGGUAGAAAAGAGCCAUCAGUGCUCAAACACCUGCUGGAAAAUCAGCUGUGUUCUUGGUGGUUUGCUGCAGUGUGGUGAGGGGAAGCAGCAACCCCCUCUCGCUCCAUUCGGUUCACGUGCCCCAGGCAGUGCCAGUGGUCUCUUCCCCUGCUCCCAGCCCCGCUGCUGGCCUUGCAGAAGCAGCAGUGCUCCAUUUUGUAACCUGCAGUGACCGGAGAGCAAGGUGCCAUCUCCAAUCUAGCAUCCGUGUGAUCUGCCUGACUGUUCCCUCGCACACUGUCCAAACCAUGUUGCCUGGUGGUGCCCAGCAUACUUAAAUAAAGUCAUUCAUACACAACCCUCG